CCUUAGUGAAGACCAACGCAUGGGCGUGUGCAAGGGACAAGUCAGCCGCCUGAGCUACCCCGGCGCCACCAGAAGAAGAGUGCCGUGCGGUGCUGCUCGUAGUGCGUGACACUGCUCUGCUCACAUGCACCACGCCGUCGCUCGGGUGAAGGUAGUCUGCCUUGCCAGCAUCAUGCGCUCUUACCGUUCUUUCCUCUGCUAAUCUCGCGUGUGUGCUUCGUUCUUCCCUUCUCUUCACCUCCACCUCGGUCGGUCGUUACCGCUCGGUGCUCAGUUUAGCGGGGCUUUGCUGGAAGAGACUGAGGGGACUUUGUGCGCCAUACCAACGGCCAACCAACGGCAUUACCAAUAUGAACCGCCCUCCACCACCGGGACGACGAGGACCUGGUCUAACUAAUCCAUUGCCAUGGGUGUCAAAUCCGGUGGCGCAAAACAUCCUCACCCACCUACAGGUUGCGUACCCGAUAAUACUCCUCCUCCUGUACUUUGCGGUGUUCACGGCACGAAGCAUACUCACGGCACGUAAUAAUGAUAAUGAUGAGGCAAGCAAGCAGCCAGAGCAGCUGGGACCCGGGGGCAAGCCGCUGCCCAGGAAGAGCAAUAAGAAUGCAUCGGUAGUACCAAGCUCGUUGGACUUCAGUAAGCCGCGGAAGCUGCUGUUCCAGUGGCUUUCAGUGGGAGUGUUGGCCACGCUGGUGGCGAAUGUUGUGGUGGUGAUUGUGCAUGCGCUGGUGGAGAGAGAGCAGAGAUGGUGGUGUGGACAGGCGCCGACGAUAUACCUCGUCGGCGCGUUCAUGGUGUACGCACUGCUGCUCAUAAUGAUGAUAGAUACUAGACCUUCUCCGACCAUUGCGCACCUCAUGACAUGGGCUGUAGCUUUGAUGAUGGAGAUCAUAUUGCUAGGUGCAUCCUUUGGCGUCUACACGCAAGAUCACAGAGAACCAAAGGUAGGCGAUCCGAGAGGCGGCGAGUUGGAGCGGGAGAUGACGCACUGGGAGAUUCUGGAGGUCACAUCGGACCUGGUGCGCAUAGUCUUGCUCAUGGGGCUGGUGCUGUUCUAUACAACCUUCGUGCUACUGCAACGUCGCAAGAAGAAGGUGCAAGAAGGAGUAGACGAGCAGACAGGGCUACUCUCCGAAGGAGGAGCGGAGAAUGGCAUGGCUACGAGACCGAGUACCGGCUACGGCAUCAGUAACGGCAAGCCGAAAGGACCGCACGACGCACCAGCGGGAUGGGAAAGGCCGAAAGAGUCACCUUCGCGGAGCUGGUGGGAGUACAUCCGCGCCUACGGAAUCUUCUUGCCGUACAUCUGGCCAUACAAGGAUCGCAAGCUGCAAAUCAACUUUGUCAUCUGCUUCAUCAUCCUUUUUGCGCAGCGAGGCAUCCAGUUUCUCGUCCCAUACCAAGCCGGCGUCAUCACCAAUAUCCUCGCGGGCGAGAAGGGGCCGAUGCGUAUGCCGUGGGCUGCAAUCAGCCUCUACAUCACUUACCGGGUGUUUCAAGGCUCCAACGGCCUGCUGGGAGCUGCGCGCCAAGUGCUCUGGAUUCCUAUCGAGCAGUAUUCCUACCGCGAGCUUUCCGUGGCUGCAUUUGAGCACGUGCAUAUGCUCAGCUUGGACUUCCAUCUCGGCAAGAAGACGGGCGAAGUGCUGUCCGCACUCGGUAAGGGCUCGUCUCUGAAUACGUUUCUGGAGUCGGUCACGUUCAACGUGCUGCCCAUGCUGGUCGAUCUUGGUGUGGCGAUUGUGUACUUCCUGAUCAACUUUGACGCAUACUACGCGCUCGUCAUUGCGGUCGUCACGUUCUGGUACAUCUACAUCACCAUACGGAUGGCAUCGUGGCGUGCAGACAUUCGCCGGCAAGCGACGAAUGCGAGCCGGGAGGAGGAUGCGGUGAAGAACGAUUCUAUGAUGUCUUACGAGACAGUCAAGUACUUCAACGCCGAGGACUACGAAUUCAACCGUUAUCGUGACGCGGUCAAGAAGUACCAGAGUGCUGAAUACCUCGUGACGUUCUCCCUGGCGCUCAUGAACACGGUGCAAAACCUGGUUUUCAUGCUGGGGCUCAUAGUGGCGUGCUUCAUUGCUGCCUACCAAGUCACAACGAAGCAGCUGAAGGUCGGCGACUUCGUUACGCUGUUGACAUACAUGACGCAGCUGCAAGGUCCGCUCAACUUCUUCGGCACGUUCUACCGUAUGAUCCAGAACAACAUGAUCAAUUCGGAGCGUAUGCUGGAGCUCUUCAAGGAGGAGCCGACGGUGGUGGAUACACCUGACGCCAUUGACCUGCCUUCUUGCCAAGGCGACAUCCGCUACAAGGAUGUACAAUUCUCCUACGACGCCCGCAAGCCUGCACUUCAGGGUCUGACUUUCCGUUGUAAGCCAGGCACCACCACCGCUCUGGUUGGCGAGUCAGGUGGCGGCAAGUCCACAGUCUUUCGCCUGCUGUUCCGCUUCUACAACGUCCAGUCUGGCGCGAUCCAGGUUGAUGCUCAGGAAGUUCAGAACCUCACGAUCGACAGUCUCCGAAGCCACAUUGGAGUGGUGCCACAGGAUACAGUGCUCUUCAAUGAGAGCCUAAUGUACAAUCUGAAGUAUGCACGACAAUCUGCUACGGAUGAGGAGGUAUACGAGGCGUGCAGAGCGGCCAGCAUCCAUGAAAAGAUCCUAGGUUUUCCAGAUGGAUAUGAUACGAAAGUGGGUGAGCGCGGCCUGCGGCUAUCCGGCGGCGAGAAGCAGCGUGUCGCCAUAGCACGUACUAUCAUUAAGAACCCCAGGAUCAUUCUUCUGGACGAGGCUACUGCAGCACUCGACACGGAGACGGAGGAGCAUAUCCAGGAAGCGCUGAAGACGCUCGCCAAAGGCCGGACCAUGCUCGUCAUCGCCCAUCGUCUUUCCACCAUCACGAUGUGCGACCAGAUCUUGGUUCUGCACGAAGGGCGCGUAGCAGAGCGCGGCACGCACUCUGAGCUUCUAGCCUUGAAGGGCCGGUAUGCGGGGAUGUGGAGGAAGCAGGUCCGAGCGCAGCGAGCAGCAGAGGAGGCGAAAGUGCUGAAGGAUAAAGCGGAUAGGCUCCGCCGGGAGAGUAUGGACAGUAGUGGGCAUCGACCCGGGGGACAGCAGGAUGGGGCAGCAAGCAGUAGCGAUGAGGAUGAGCAACCCGGCCCCGCGCGGCAGGCGAAGGAGGAGAUGGGCGUGCAGCAGGCGUUGUCGAUGUCACCGAGGAGUGAGAUUCCGCAGGCGCAGAUCACAUCCAUGAUGAGCCAAGAGACCGCGUCUGAUGCGCACGGUUUGAAGAGCGGGAUGGUGCGCUCGCCUUCACCUGUGCGCGAGGAGGGUAGUUUGGGGAAGCCUGCGGGUCACCCGUAACAAGGAACAUAGUAUACGAAGAGUCCGCGGGACUAACCCAUGGAAUGACUAACAGAUGUCAUGAGGAUAGAGGGUUGUGGCUUUGUAUUCAGCGCAUGGCGUCUGCGGCAAAGAAAAAGCGGCGGUAUACAGGCACGCUCGGUCUGAUGCGGUAUGGGUGGACUCGGGUCACAGGUACGGUAGCGCGGCGUAGGAGACUUGCUGGAUAGAGUUGCAUCGCUAAGGCAGAACGUACAAUUGCGGCCUGCAGACUGGCCACGGAUGUUCCAAAUGAGUAUGAGCUGUGAAUACCCGCAUGUAUUUUGGUGGAAAGGUAGCUCUCUUCGUAGAGCGCAGGACAGAUCCCCGGGUUUGGAAGGGAAAUCACCAGGAGGCGAAC